GGAUAAUCUCCGUGUCCGCCCUCGAACUGCAUAAUAUGAAUGCCUCCGGGCAGAUAUGCGCUCCUACUUUGGCUGUGUGACAUGUCGACAGCGCAAGGUUAAAUGCGACGAAGCACGGCCAGUUUGCGGCCCCUGUGUCAAAGCCUCUCGGAACUGCGUCUUUUCCAGCAACUGCAUCUUUCGCCACUCCAGCGUCAACGAUCUUUACCGCGACGUAGGGAGCGGUUGGCUUCCGCAAGGCCCUCAGAUAUGGGUCCCAAUUCCCUCACACCUCACCUUUGUUCAGGUCAUAGACCCAUUUGCCGACGAAGGAUUGACAUCUCCUUUGGAUGAGCACCAUCAUGAUCAUGAAAACCACCUAGUAGUCGCCUCGCCUUCGACAAUUGCUGCUGCUGAAGAGAGUUUUGUCCCGACUCCUGCUCGGAGCCCCGUGCCACCCGAACAGAAUGGAAUCUUGGCAGCUGUCUUGAUCCAACACUUCCAGGCAGCUCCCGGUCAGUGGCUGGACAGCUUCGACUCCAAUGCGUAUUACUCGAUCAAGGUGCCCAUCAUGGCGGCCACGCGGCCGAUGUUGAGGGCGGCUGCCUGUGCCCUCGCCGCCAAACAUUUGCACCGCCUCUGUCAAGGGGAUUCCGUGCGGAUAUCGCAGCUCCCCCAUCUGCGCAAAAGCCCGCUGCAGUGGAUGAUUCUGACAAUCGACUGGAAGUACGAAUCCGUGCGGCUCUACGACCAGGCCAUCCACCACCUGAAAGAGGCCAUUGCGCUGGAAAUCCCCGAUGAUCGACGCGAGGAGAUGUUCGCCGUGGUCGCCAUCCUCUGCAUGUACGAGCUGAGCGAUGCCCCCAGCACCGAAUGGCGGGCUCACCUCAGCGCCUUGCCCUACCUGUACUGUGGCAGCCCCGAUGUCUUUGGCUCGACAGAGACGCUGCCUGACUCCCUGCUGCACAUUUCGCGCUCCGUGUUUUGGAGUCUCUACCGGCAGGACUGUCUCUCCGCCUUCAUCAACGAGACCCAAACCCGUCUCGACCUCUCCGAUCUCAUCCUCUGGCGUAACUUCGGCCUCAGCAUCUCCUCAUACGGCCACCUCCUGCCCCCGUCGAACGCAUCCACCACCCCGGUCAUCCCCUCCGCCUCUCCUUCCCCUCAUAUCUCCUCCCCAGCUCCCUGGCUCGAUGAGGCCACGCUCAGCAACGCCCUCAUCUGGCUCACAGGCAAGAUCAUCAACUACAUCACCAGCGGCGACGGCAUCAACCCGGGCGACUACGAAAGCCCGCCGGACCAGCGGCCAUCCUUCGGCACCACGCAGGAGGAUCUGUUAAAACGAUGGCAGCGACUCGACUUCGAGCUCCGCGCCUGGCACGACACCCUGCCUGCCUCCUUCACCCCUUGCGCGCGGACCCGCCUGUCUCUCUCCACGGAUUCCCGGCCGAUCGCGCGACGCCCCGCCCCCGAGCACCGAGACACCGAUGCCUCCGACGACAACAACCCCAUCGACGCAGUCGUCUUCACCGUCCCCAUGUGCGCCGUCACCAUCCAAACCUACCACAUGGCGCGUAUCCUGCUCUUGAGCAACAUGCCGCAGGAGGCCACCGCCAUCCGGUCGACGGUCACCGCCCGCCUGCACAACUACCGGCGCAUCGCGGGCGAGGUGGUGCGCCACGCCCGCGAGGUCUGCGGCAUCAGUCUGGCGGGGCUGCCGGAUGCCGUGCUCCCGCACACGGUGCAGCCCCUGUUCGUGGCCGGCCAGUGCUUCGAGGGAGUGCCCGAGCGGCGGUUGGUGGUGGAUCUGCUGCGCCGGGUCGAGUGCGAGACGACGUGGGCGACCGAGUAUCGGGUGCAGGACUUGCGGCGGCAGUGGGCGGCUGGGGGAGCACUGGCAUGAUGCUUUUGUAUGUAGUGGCGCUUUUUCUGGGUGGCGAUGAUAUGGGUAGAGGUGUCUGUGGCUCAGUGUUAGGGCUGGCGAGUCUGCUGCGGAUGACGGGUACAAGCAGCCCUAGAGCCCCUUAGAAUUUCGCACAUGUUGCGGUGCAUUGCUCGUCCACAAUCCUGUAGCGAUAUUCUUCUCUCGCAUAGAAUUACCUGCAGCAGUGAGAAAUGUGCGCCUCGAUGCGCUGGCAAUAGCUUAC